GCAUGACCGCUUUCACUGAUAGCUACUUGUACAUAAAUGUAAUAUAAAAAAGUUGAAUUACAUUUUUACAAAAUAAAGUUGGAAAAGUUCAUAAGAAUGAAUGAUUUUGACUUUGAAUUUCAAAGUAUUCGUCAGCGUUAUAAAGGCCCGGAAGAACGGGAUUUACAUUUGAAAAUCUACGAAUAUGGAAAUGAUGUAUUAGAAGUAAAUUUAAUAAACAAGCAUUUUUCGAGAUUACGCCGUUCAUUGCAAAAGCAAGUCGUGUGGAUGUUUAUUGUAAUGAUUAUCACGUUAUUAGUGAAAAUCUCUUUAAAUUUUUACAGUAGCAUAAUUAAUUUUUUAUUAUUAUUCUGGUUAAUAAUAAAAGUAUGGUCUAUCAGCAGUUUAGUGAAGAAUGAAAAGUUUAUAUUUUGUUAUGAUUUUGGCUUGCAAAUACAGACCACAACUUUUCUUACUAAAAGCAACUAUUUUAUGGCGGCAUCAAGUAUACAUGAUAUAGUCAUUAAUGAAGUUUUAGAAAACUUUGAUUUCCAUUACUUACUAAUUGUGCGAACUAAAGGCGUGCUGUUUCGAAAAAAACCGAUAAUACCAAUAUUUAAGCAUUUGAAACCCUGCGGUGAUUGCUUACAUAUAAUUUAUAAACAUUUAAAUAAAACAAUGCGUAAAACAUGUCAUGAAUGAAAAUAAUAAAUUAAAAUUA